AUGGCGGAAAAGGACCAAGAGUAUCAAACUGUGCCUGCGGAAUCUCGCAGGUUAUUCGAGGAAAUUCGCGACCAAUUUCCCGGCGAAGAACUUGGCAAAGACAAGUGGGAGAUCUUGACAAUAGCAGCUCUCACAACCGCCGGCCGGAACGAAGUCGCCGCUGAUCUAUACACGUAUCUCAUCACACAUCCCAACGCCCAAUAUGCGACUCCCGAGCAACGGCAAGCCCUCAUCCGUCGGCUACGAGAGGCGCUCGUCAAGCUUGUGUCCGUCGUAGGUGUUCCGAAACCGCUGGAGACGGUGAUGGUGAUCGCAGAGAGAGAACGCGAAGAAGACCGGGACUAUUCCUGCUCCAGGGAGGACUGGGAAUCCGGCCCCGAGAACAUCGAGCGCGGCAAGGCCUGGCUGGGGGAAAUCUACCGCCACAACUACGCCGCCAUCGCCAAAGACCACAUGUCCGCCCACCGCGACUUCCGCUGGAUCAGCGAGCAGAUCACCUACGGCCUGUACCUCUCCGACCACCGCAUCCUCGACGGCGUCGACACCGAGCUCGUCGUCCUGCCCGGCCUCAUGCUGCAGAACCUCCGGCGGGAGACCGGCUGGCAUCUGCGCGGCAUCCGCCGCAUCGGCGUGAAGAGCGAAGACGUCGAGCGGAUCUGGGAAUGUAUUGUGAAAAUCGGCAAAUGGUGCCCGGUCCCCGUGGAUCGCCUCCCGAGGGUCCAGGAUGUCGAGCACGAGGUUUGA